UCCUCCACUGCAACCGAUCCUCCCCUUUCCUCUGUGUCCUAGCUUAGCCAUGUCCACGCUUUCAGCACCUCGCCGGAGACAAGAGUUCCAAUCCGGAGGUAAAAUGGUACGGACCAUACGAACCAGGGUCACCAGAACACCAUAUGACCGACCAAGAUUAGCCAGUUCGGGUGACCAAAACCCUAAUUGGAUCUCCAGAAUCAUUUACUCUCCUACUCGCAUGAUCGCCACUGGCGCUGGAAAGCUCCUCUCCUCUGUCUUUGGUUCAGAUUCUUCGGAGUCUUCUUCCAGUGCCCCUUCAGAUGAUAGUGAUAACAACGGGAAUGAUAUUUAUGAGUCUUCUCCCGGGGCUGAACAUAUUAAAAAGGGGGAGUCCCAAAUGGCCCAAACUAUUGCACAAAUGAGUGAGAGCAAGCGUCUAAUUGAGCAGCUUCUCAUGCGAGAGACCUUCUCAAGGGAAGAAUGUGACAGACUGACAAAUAUUAUCAAGUCAAGAAUUGUCAAUUCUUCUAUGAUUGGAGUUAUGGAUGUUGGGAGACUAAAUGAGACUCCUAGCAGAACUACUGACAAUGUUGUGGACACAGCUGUAAUGGAGGCUAAAAAAUGGUUUGAGGAGAAGAAGUCAGGAUCAAGUUCUAAGUCAGAUUUGUGCCACAAAACCUCAGUCCUGAACCAUGCAAUAUUGCCUCUUGGAUCUGAAGGUGAAGUAGGUUCACCUGUUGAUAUGGCCAAAUCGUACAUGCAAACCCGCUCUUCAUGGGCAUCACCGUCUGUGAACCACAUUGAAAACAGGUCUCCAUCACCAAUAGAGAUACACAUUUUCAAGGAAGGAACACCACAUUCAAUUGCAGAAAAUUCUCUAUCAUCAUCCAAGCUGAAAUGGGAUUCCCCAACCACAAGUUCAUGGAAUAUCCAGGAGGAACUACGGAAAGUGAGAUCUAAGGCAACUGAAGACAUGCUAAGGGCCAGACCAUCCUCAAAAAUUGAUUGGUCUCCAUUUACAUUAGAACAUAAAAAUAGUCAUGCCCUUAUAUUUGCUGAUAGAUUAGGGAGUGCUCAGGGACAUGAACUUCCCAUCUCUACUAAAUCAGAAGAUGCAUCUUUGAACUUGGCUGCUGGACCAGUUUCAGAGAUGACACAGGAGUUGCUGCUAAGUGAUGCAUUACCAAAUCAUACUACGCUUAUUUGUGAACAAAAUGAGGGCACGGAAGCAUUCCAUGGCAUUAAGAGAACAGGAGGUGAGAUGUUAGAUGUGGGACAAAGGCUUAAGUCUCCAGAAGAUAUCAAGACUGGAACACACAGUGAUGUUGGUGCUGCUAGUGUUGAUCAACUGGAGACAAUUGAGACUGGCCAGCAGUUACACUCUACAAUUAGCAAAACAAUACUGGAUUCAAGAACACCUGAUAAAAAUUGCGCAACAUCUGAACCAGCACUUGAAAUAGGUGGUGGUGGAUUUACUGCAAAUGGUUCCCAUUCUUCAGGAUUCAGAGAACAAGACUACAGACCAAGAGAUGAGGAAGCCAACAUAGGUGGAUCAGAUCUUGACAAAAAAGUGAGUGCACCCGUGGAGGAGACAUGUGAGCUUCUGAGUGAGGCUUCUGUUGAGGUACCAAAUGUAAAUGAAAAUGGUAGCAUUGCCACAGGUUCCCCGAACAGUUCUGGCAUGCAUUAUGAAGAUUCAUCACAGAACCUGAAUCGAACAAAUUCAAAACGUCGCAAGAAAAACAAUGGUGUUGAGACAGUACUAGGGAUGAAGCUAAGCAAAUCCAGCAAGAGAGGUAGGGGUAGGGGACGGGGUAGAUGAUCCACGUUGACUCACUUUCCUGUAUCAUAUCAUAAAUUAGGCAGAGUGAUGACAUUUGUAAGAUAACCCUGGAGUUGAAGAGUUUUGGUGUAUGUUAAAUUAACCCGGUUUUUACGUAUUUCAUCCCCAGUUUAGGAAUUGAAUCUUGCAAUCAACCUCUGUUCCAUUUUCUUUUCCCCCCUUUUUUUUUUUCCUUGUAUCUACCUCCGUAUUAAUUUGAUGAAUUUCGUUUAAUAAAAAUGUGUUUUGUAU